AUGGCAUCGAGUUCACGUUUUUAUGAAAAUGAGGGUCGUUCUUUAUCUAGGGCACCAUUCUUUGAUGGCACCGAUUAUGCAUAUUGGAAAACAAUGAUGGAAGAUUUUUUAACUGCAUAUAGUCUUGAUUUGUGGGAAAUAGUUAGAGAUGGUCCAUAUGUCCCUAAGGAAAAGGUAAAGAGAGGAGAAGUAGAAGAGAUAGUAGAAAAGAGUAGAGAUAAGUACACGGAUGAAGAUAAGAGAUUAAUUGCUUUAAAUGCUAAGGCUAAGAGUGCAUUUCAUUGUGCUUUAAGUAGAUCCGAAUUUAAUUAUGUACAGUGUUGUAAAUCUGCUUAUGAAAUUUGGAAGAAGUUAGAGUUAAAAUAUGAAGAUUUUGAAAAGGUACAAAAGGUUCUAAGAUCUUUACCGGAGGCAUGGGAUCCAAAGGUGACAGCCAUUCAAGAGGCCAAGGAUACUAAGAAGUUGUCACUAGAUGAACUAAUGGGUUCACUAAUGACACAUGAGCUUACUCUCAAAAACAGGUAUAAAAACAAAGAAGAUUCUUUAAAAUCUAAAUCAAUUGCUUUACCUGUUGCACAGGAAUCCAAUGGAGAGGAGGAUUCAGAAGAGGAGAUUGCCAUGUUGGCUAGGAGGCUUCGAAACUUUAUGAAAAAGAAUAAGAGGAGUUUCAGCAAGACUAAGCCUGUAGAAGCCUCAAAUGAAAAGAAAGUGGAGGUGUGCUUGAAGGCCAAAGGUACUUCAAGCCAAUGGUUCUUGGACAGCGGAUGUUCAAGGCACAUGACUGGAGAUGCCACCUUAUUUUCGUCUCUUAAAGCUAAAAAGCAUGGAGGUAAUGUUACUUUUGGUGAUGGCUCAAAAGGGAAAAUUGUAGGUAUUGGAAAUGUGGGUAAUCCUUCUAAACUCAUGUUUGAAGAUGUCUUAUUUGUGAGUGGCUUAUCCUACAACUUGCUUAGCAUAAGUCAAUUAAUUGACAAAGGCUACAUGGUUGCAUUUGAAGAUUUUGAAAAGGUACAAAAGGUUCUAAGAUCUUUACCGGAGGCAUGGGAUCCAAAGGUGACAGCCAUUCAAGAGGCCAAGGAUACUAAGAAGUUGUCACUAGAUGAACUAAUGGGUUCACUAAUGACACAUGAGCUUACUCUCAAAAACAGGUAUAAAAACAAAGAAGAUUCUUUAAAAUCUAAAUCAAUUGCUUUACCUGUUGCACAGGAAUCCAAUGGAGAGGAGGAUUCAGAAGAGGAGAUUGCCAUGUUGGCUAGGAGGCUUCGAAACUUUAUGAAAAAGAAUAAGAGGAGUUUCAGCAAGACUAAGCCUGUAGAAGCCUCAAAUGAAAAGAAAGUGGAGGUGUGCUUGAAGGCCAAAGGUACUUCAAGCCAAUGGUUCUUGGACAGCGGAUGUUCAAGGCACAUGACUGGAGAUGCCACCUUAUUUUCGUCUCUUAAAGCUAAAAAGCAUGGAGGUAAUGUUACUUUUGGUGAUGGCUCAAAAGGGAAAAUUGUAGGUAUUGGAAAUGUGGGUAAUCCUUCUAAACUCAUGUUUGAAGAUGUCUUAUUUGUGAGUGGCUUAUCCUACAACUUGCUUAGCAUAAGUCAAUUAAUUGACAAAGGCUACAUGGUUGCAUUUGAAGAAGAUUAG